AUGGAGCAGCUUGCUCAGAAGGAAGACCAGGAGAAGGCUUUGAUUGCCAGAUUCAAGGCUCCUGCUCAAAAACAGAUAACCGCGGAGCAGAUUCUACUAGAAGCAUAUGAGUCGCGAGACAAGCCCCAACAGUCGAAACCGGAGUAUAAGCUAACCGAUCUGGAGGAGCUUCACGAGUUUCAGAGGCGCAAAAGAACUGAAUAUGAGAACGCUUUGAGGGUAAAAAGGCUGGAUAUAGGACAAUGGAAACGAUAUGCCAAUUUCGAGAUUGAACAACACGACUUCAAUAGGGCCAGGUCUAUCUUCGAGAGAGCUCUUGAAGUGGACCAUGCGAACGUGCCCUUGUGGAUAAGAUACGCUCAGGUGGAGAUAAGUGGGCGUAAUAUUAAUCAUGCCAGAAAUGUUCUGGAAAGAGGGGUCACAAUUCUCCCUAUGGUGUACAAACUGUGGUACCAAUACAUCUCCGUCGAGGAGAGCAUUGGGGAUGUUUUGGGUGUGAGAGCGUUGUUUGAGAGAUGGCUCAAGUACAAACCGGGAAAGGAGGCUUGGGGUGCCUAUGUCAACUUUGAGACGAGAUAUCGUCAAUUCGACAGGGCCAGGCUAAUUUACGAGAGGUUUGUGGUUGCGUAUCCAGAGUGGGAGUCGUGGAAUCGGUGGAUUCAGUUUGAGCGGACCUACGGCUCGGAAGAGAACAUUAGAACAGUGUACAAACUCUCAUUUUCAAGUAUGAAGGAGAUUGGGAGGGUAUCUGGCGAGCAGAUCAUCAGCUGGUGUGAGUGGGAAUCUAGUGCUGGUUACGUUACUAAAGCCAGGGAACUGUUCCAGUGGGCUCUGAAGACUUUGAGCGGCGAUGACAGAAGCACUGUCUACGAUGGUUAUUCUAAGUUUGAGAAACAAUACGGUGAUAGAGAAGGAAUUGAAUUUGUCAUUUUGCAGAAGCGCAAGCAAAAGUACUUGAAGAGCCUGGAAGAGGAUAAGAGAGACUACGAUGCUUGGUGGGCUCUCUUUAACCUUCUCCAAGGCGAUCACACGGUCACGACAGAUGAAGUCAGGAGUUUUUACAAAGACGCUUUGGCGAGUUCUCCUGACUCGCAUAGGAAAGACGACUGGAGAAGAUACAUAUACCUGCCAAUCAGGUAUGCCGUUUGGGAAGAAUUGACCGAAAACUCAGAAGAGAAUGCUAGAGGAGUAUACGAGAGCAUUCUCAAGCUGAUACCUCAUAGAACUUUCACGUUUGCCAAAGUAUGGAUAUCUUAUGCCGAGUUUGAGAUACGGAACAACAAUCUGGCGAAAGCUCGCAAGAUUCUCGGUCGUUCUCUUGGAAUUUGCCCCAAGAAGAAGUUGUACAAAUAUUACAUUGAGUUUGAGACGCAAAUGAAGGAUUUCGAUCGGGUCAGGAAAAUCUACGAAAAGUUUCUGGAAAACUUCCCCACUGAUGCAGAUGUUUGGAUUAAUUUCGCUAAUCUCGAGGGAAUGCUGGGAGAAGAGACGCGGCUUGGCGCCAUAUAUGAUCUAGCGUACGAUGAAUUGGAUAGCAAAAGUGACAAGCGCAAGGUGUGGUUGGCUUUUAUUGAUCACGAGGUUGAGGAGAGUGACUUUGACAAGGCCAGACAUCUUUAUGGUAAACUACUGGAGGACAACAAGUCUGAUCCUCAGACGUGGAUAUCAGCUGCUCUGUUUGAGCUUAGUCUUCCUUCGGAUGAGCAAUUGUUAGAUUACCAACAAAAUGGCGAGGAAGAAGGAUUUGAGUUUGAUGUCAGUGAGGCUGCAAAGGAUAAAGCCAGGGCCAUAUUCGAAGCUGGCUUGAAAACUUUCAAGAAGACCUCUGCCACGGAAAGCAGGAUAACUCUGCUAGAGGCUUUCAAGCAGUUUGAAGAAAUUUACGGGAACGAGGAGACGUUGGAGGCAAUCUCAAAGAGACUUCCAUCCGUUGUGAAGAAAAUACGGACGAUAGAUGGCACUCAAGAGGAAUACAACGAUUAUGUCUUCCCCGAUGACAAGUCUAUGAGCGAAUUCAUGAAGAAUGCAAAGAAAUGGAUGCUUGCAAGCAAGAAGUGA